AUGGCCUCACCCUUCUUCUCCCUCGAGGGCCAGACCGCUCUCGUCACCGGUGGCACCCGCGGCAUCGGCGCCGCCGUAGCCAUUGGCCUCGCCGAGGCCGGCGCCGACGUCCUCUUGGUCCAGCGCGACGAGUCCAACCCUUCCACAAGAGACGCCAUUCUGAAGCUGGGUCGCAAAGCCCAGAUCUACACCGCCGACCUCAGCUCCCAGGAGAGUGUCGCCGCCCUCGUUCCCAAGGUCCUGAAGGACGGUCACGAGAUCCGUAUCCUCGUCAACUGCGCCGGCAUCCAGAAGCGUCACCCGUGCGAGAAGUUCCCCGAUGACGACUUCAACGCGGUUAUCCAAGUCAACCUCAACUCCGUCUUCACCAUCACCCGCGACGUCGGCGCGCAUAUGCUCACCCUCGAGCCCUCCCCCGUCACCGGCCGCAGGGGCAGCGUCAUCAACUACGCCUCUCUGCUCUCUUUCCAGGGUGGCUUCACAGUCCCCGCCUACGCUGCCUCCAAGGGUGCUGUCGCCCAGCUGACCAAGAGUUUCGCCAACGAGUGGACCUCCAAGGGCAUCACCGUCAACGCCAUCGCCCCCGGCUACAUCGAGACCGAGAUGAACACGGCGCUUCUGAACGACAAGGAAAGGCUUGCCAGCAUCAGCGCCCGUAUCCCCGCCGGCCGCUGGGGCACGCCGGAAGACUUCAAGGGCACCUCGGUGUACUUGGCUAGCAGGGCGAGUGGCUACGUGAGUGGUCACGUCUUGGUCGUUGACGGCGGCUGGAUGGGUCGGUAA